UAGAAGUACAGAAUUCCCUUGCUCUGUUCUUCGCUUCCACCGUUAGCACAUCUCUAUUCAAUUUCUUCUCCAAAAAUCGCUGCGAAUAACCCUUCGAAGAUUUACAGGUUUUCUUUCUCAAUUCUUCGAUUGAAUAUUUCUUCAAUGGUUCUUAGCAAUGGCCGAUUAUCUUCCACAGGAAGUCUUAUUUAACAUCUUUCUGAAACUUCCUCCAAAAACCCUUGUCCUCUGUUCAUGCGUCUCACAAUCAUGGCGCGCUGCCAUCUCUGAUCCAAUUUUCAUCAACGCCCACUUCAAUAAGUCUUCAAUCUACAACAAGAAAUGGCUGAUUCUCAGGCGGUAUUUUGGCACAGGGAGCAAGAAGAAAGAGCGGUAUUCGCUUCAUUUCGACACGGAAACAUUGGAUCUAUACGAGGAAUUGAAAUUUCCAUUCAUCAAUUGGAAUGGGGAUUUUAAGUUAGUGGGUAUUUGCAAUGGAUUGGUUUGCUUAUCUGGUCUCGACAUUCUCUUGUGGAAUCCAUCAAUUCAAAGAGUCGUAGCUGUUCUUAGAACAAGCGAUAUUAUCACCAUCUAUGAUGCCCCAGAUAAAUUUGCACUCGGGUUUGGCUUCGAUCCUCGGGCCAACGACUACAAGGUGGUAAGAUUGUUAUAUUUUGAAGAUAAGAGUCCUUUUAAUUAUAAAAGAUCUCCUAAAGUUGAAUUGUAUGAGGUUAGAACAGGUUGUUGGAGAGUAAUCGAAAGCAAAGCUCCUCGUUGUGAGAUAGUUAAAUCAGAAUGGACACAAGCUUUUUUCAAUGGGGCUGUUCAUUGGGUUGCAUACAGGGAAAGUAGCAGGGGUUAUAAGUGUUUCAUUUUGAGAUUUGAUAUAGUUGAGGAGUGUUUCAGUUUAAUAGCUUUGCCUGAUUGUUUGGUUAAUAGCUCACCAUGUGACUUGAAAGUUUCUGUUCUAGGAGGAGCACUUUCUAUCAUGUUGUGUGGCUGGUACUGUUUUGAAACAUAUGUGUGCUCUGUUUGGGUGCUGCAAAACUAUGACAUGCCUGAGUCUUGGACUAAAUUAACCAGCUUCGAACCGUCUCAGGAGUUGGGAAUGGUGUUGGGUCUUAGGGAAAAUGGAGAUAUGAUAAUGGAAUCUAAAAGUGGAGAAGUGGUCGUGUAUAGGCCUGAAAACCAGCUUAUGAAGGGUCUUGGAAUCUAUGGUGGUGAGGGUUCUUUCUAUUUAGAUACUUAUGUUGAGAGCUUGGCUUUGUUGAAUGAAGGGAAAGGAGGCUUGGAGAGAGUGGCUGAAGUUUAUGACUGAGUUCUUACUGUGCUGUUAGCUGAUUGAUAAUAAUGAUUUCGGUGACUCGGAGAGAUCGGAUGAUAAUCCGAUCGAUCAAAUAGAAAGUAUGAGAAGACUGAUACAAGUGGAGUUUUGUUAUAGAAAGAAAAAGGGAAGAAGAAAAAUAAGGAAUUAGGAUAUGCUCUCUCCUUCAUCUUGAACUAUGACUAUUAACAGUGCAACUUCUGACUUUCUUUGCUUCAUAACGAGCUACGGGAGGUCGCUCGUGCUGGUUUUGUGACUUAAACAAAGAAAUAAAAACCAGAAUCUAUCGUAGUUCGGUUACUUGAAGCCCUUGAUUGUUUGAGAAAGCCAUCCCAGGUUUGGAACUUUGUUUUCUUCUUUUAGCUGUGGAUAAUUACAGUUCAGUUGUUUUCUAAGUUUAAUUAGGUUUGAUUGUCUUAGGAAAGCUUGGACCAAGGGAUAUUUGGAAGUAAUUCAAAGGAGAACGAGGUAAGUCCAAGUUCAUAAAUUGCCAAUCUGUGUGUGCUUUUAAAGCAUGUAAUGACUGAGAUUAUUCUGAAUUUAUGAGUUUUUUGUUUGUCAAAGAAUCUAGCAAGAAGAGUCCUUAAAGUCGAUUCGUGGAUUAGAGGUCGGUCGGUCGGUCGGUAUGCAAUCGUUUCUGUUAUGCUCAAUGAGCAACCUUGUUUUCAUCUGAAUUCUGCAAAUCUAUA